AUGAAUUCCUUCUUCACGGUAAACAACAACGUCUCGCUUAUCAGCAUUACAAUUGCGCCGAGCACUUAUCUCAUCACUGUUGUUCUCCUACUUGUCUUUGCAAUCAUCUACCUACCUCGUCUUAUCGCCUGCCGAUUCCCCAGCCUCGGCAUACCAUUGCCAUCUCUGGCGUCAAUAUUAAGGCCAAUAUUUGGAGAUCCAGCAGAUCAUCGCCCACCAGCCAGAUUUGAAAAGCCCCUCCCACCACCACCCUUCGCAGCAUCUGCGCUUGUAUUCGAGGAUCAGCAACAAUUGGUCGUCUCCGGACAGGAUAUCGUCCUUGCGCAACGUCGUCAUUACCUUCAACAGCAAUUGGCGCAAGAGCAACACCUACUGCUUGAACAGCAGAAGCAACUUCAAUUCCAAGAAAUAGAGCGCCGUGUUCGUCGAGACUCUCGCCAUACCUCAUCACCUUCAAAACAUAGCCGUGAUCAUGGAUCCUCACGACAUGCUGGACGCGUCCCUACAGGACUUCGAUCUCCCACCAAGUCCAUCGCUGCCCCACCACUCAGCCCACCGCAGCGAAGCAGCAAUGACAGAAGGGGAUCUCGAGGACUCGGAGACCGCGUCCGCGGACUCGGAAACGGAAACCGGAGUAGUGGCUUCUGGAGAGGUCCUGAAGAUCUUCCAUCCAAUUAUCCAUCCCAUUUCCCAUCCCGGGGCAUGAGCACGUUAAUGGAGAGCACACCCGAGUUGGAUGAUAGUGAGGACGAUGGGGUUUUAGAAAGGGCAAUUCGCACAAGGUUACCCAAGGGAAGUCAGAGUCCGGAAAAGAGGAGGAGCGCCAGUCCUGGGACGUUCGACGACACCACAAUACAGUUUCAACUUCAAGAAAGGGCAACUCCUAUAAAAGACCUAAGCUUACACGGACCACCAGCCGACAAUUAUAUCCGCUUCGCUGUUCGGGCCGAAGUUCAACAACGCACUGAGCCUAUCGAGACAGCUAUCAACUUUAUACGUGACCAUUUCAAGGCCGUGACUCGGACGUGGUCAACAACACUAAGCACCAUUGUUGUUGGCUUCUUCGCCGUCUCCCUCUUCAAAUCACUUUUACAGCCCGCUGCUCCGCGUCCCGUAGGCGACCUUGUAAAGGUCGCGGGACUCGCUCGCUCAUUUGAGCCCCUCAUUUAUUACUCUGAGCAUGCUGUCUCUCAAGUGCAUGACCUUCAGGCCACGAGUGUGGCUGUUUGGGAUCUUGGCGAAAGCGUGCGUAGCAGCGACAUGCGAGAUGCAACUAGCAUCGUGGCAGAUCUAGACGCCCUUAGUGAAACCAUGAAAACACUGGCUCUGGAGAUGACCAAGUUCUUUGCCAGAGUGGACGGUGAUAUUGAUGGUAUUCUCAAUGUUAUGGACUGGGCAAAAAUGCAUCUAAAUCGGCUCAACUCAUCUCCCUCGCCAUCGACCAUAUCGUCAGCCUAUGACAAUAUCCACAACCUCCUUUCUCAAGCCCACAUCCUCGAAGAUGCUACUGGCUCGCCUACGACUCUUGGCCGUUUGACCAGCCACGUCUUCGGUCUAUCGAAUCCACAAAGGGAACAGCGCAUGGUGCAGCUCCUGUUUACUGAAUUCCUCACCGUCCUUGAAGAUUCCAUUCAAGCAGAGCUACAACAUAGCGUCACUCUAUUUGCCCUCUUCGAAGCCGUUGAUCAUCACUUCCUCAACCUCGCUCGUACGGUUGUCCGCGAAUCAUCUGCACAGGAGGAACUUCACGCCGAUAUGCUCUCCAGCCUUUGGACACGACUCCUUGGUACAAGAGCUGCCGAACUACGCAAAUUUGAGCAGAACCGUUUGUUAUUACGUGAUGUGCGUGAAAAGACGGUGCGCAACAAGGGUAUUCUCGUUGAUCACAACGGCAAACUCUUGACCUUGAAGGCGUCCCUCGAGACACUCCGCAGUAAACUUGUCUCGCCUCUCGUCCGCGGCGUCAACUCCACAACACUUACCCUUGAGGACCAGAUCCAGGGUCUAAGCGACGUUAGUCAUUACCUCGGCGAUGUGAGGAAGCAACAGAAAGGCAAGGUUAUGGAAACACUAUUCGGCACUGUUCCGAGUAAGAAAUAUACAAUUGCAGAAAGAGCCGAUACUGUUGUCGUGAAUCCCCUUUGA